AUGAUGACGUGCCGUCUGCUGUGCGCCCUGUUGGUGCUUGCCCUGUGCUGCUGCUCGUCCGUGUGCGCUGCAGCGACUGGUGAAGUCAAACUCCCCAGCUUGGGUUCUUUGUCCUCUGAGUCGCAAGUGGAGGACGAUCCCGAUGAGGAACCGGGUUCAGGUACAGGGUCCAGUGAGGAAGGGAAAACAAAAGUGCCAGUGACCCCAGGUUCUUCCGGUGCCGUAACGCAAUCAAAUGAGGCGGAAAUGCCGGUACGGACAGGAGAAAAGAAAGGUACGACAGAAGAUGAAAAUGAUACAACAGCGCCAAAGUCGCAAAGUAAGGGGUCCACUGUGGAACAGGGAGAGGCUGACGUAGAUGGUGGAAAAAGUUUGACAGCUCCGAAACGGCAGUCAGGCGAUGCUAUCGAUACUGUACACGAAGAAGAUGGGAGUACGACAGGGCCACAAAGCCGCACGACUAAAUCCGCAGACCAAACAGAUCGAGAAACCAAAGAUGCUGCCGCGACGACCACGACGACCACCACUACAACAGAGGCACCAAGUGCUACGACUACAGAGGCGCCAACUACGACGACCACCCGCGCACCGUCACGUCUUCGCGAAAUCGACGGCAGCCUCAGCAGCUCUGCGUGGGUGGGUGCCCCGCUGCUGCUUGCCGCAUCCGCGCUGGCGUACACCACUGUGGGCUGA